AGAGCUACUGUCACCUGCUCAUCGCUGCUACUUCGAAAGUGAAACGCGAAGCGAGGCGGGUGCUUUGGCUUGGCAGCGAAAGGGAGGUAAAAGAAAAAGAGAAGCCGCGGGAGCUGCUCUCCUCGCCGCCUUCUCGGACUUUAACUAGCCAUGAGUCCGGACCAAAAGCCGCCGCCGCCGCCGCCGCGGUCUUCCCGCAAUAGCCAAGUGCCUUGUCCACAGCAGCGCAGCGGACUCCUGACUGAGAUUCAGAUGCCCCUUCUCACCGAGCCCUUCGAGGCCCGCUAUACCCUCAGCCUCGGCCGCGAACUCGGCAGGGGGAAAUUUGCUGUAGUAAAGAAAUGUAUAAACAGACAGACAGAAAAAGAGUUUGCAGCAAAGUUCAUGAGGAAAAGAAGAAAAGGCCAAGACUGUCGAAUGGACAUAAUUCAUGAGAUUGCAGUCCUGGAAUUGGCACAAUGCAAUCAAUGGGUUAUUAACUUGCAUGAAGUAUAUGAGACACCAACAGAAAUUAUUUUGGUUUUGGAAUAUGCUGCUGGGGGAGAAAUCUUUGACCAGUGUGUAGCUGAAAGAGAAAAUGCCUUCAAGGAAAAAGAUGUUAAGCAUCUCAUGAGGCAGAUUUUACAAGGAGUUUCCUUUUUACAUCAAAACAAUAUAGUUCAUCUUGACUUGAAGCCGCAAAACAUUUUGUUAACUUAUGAAUCACCUUUGGGAGAAAUUCGGAUAGUUGACUUUGGACUUUCCAGAAUAAUGAGAAAUAAUGAAGAAUUAAGAGAAAUUAUGGGAACACCUGAAUAUGUUGCUCCAGAAAUUCUAAGCUAUGAGCCAAUCAGUACUGCAACAGAUAUGUGGAGCAUUGGAGUAUUAACAUAUGUCAUGCUAACAGGAGUAUCACCUUUUUUGGGGAAUGAUAAACAAGAAACAUUCUUAAAUAUAUCUCAGAUAAAUGUAAAUUAUUCUGAAGAUUUUGAUCUUGUAUCUGAACCUGCAGUAGAUUUCAUCAAAUCUCUUUUGAUUAAAAAACCUGAGAAAAGGGCAACGGCAGAAGAAUGUUUGCUGCAUUCUUGGCUGGCUCAAACUGAUAUUCCUGAUAAAAUAAGCUGUAUUAAAAACACAGAAGAUGAAACAAAUGGUGUUACUGUAAAUGAUGUGUCUAUAUCUGAAAAUUCUACAAGUGGAGGAAAAACAGAAGAACCAGUAGUAAAAGAACGUAUUUUAAAGGCUUCCUAUACACUGGGUCAAUGCAGGCAAUCAAAAAAAGAUAAAAUUGUUACACACAAAACUAUUUCAAAACUAUUUAAAUUUAAGGAACCAUUUCUCCAUGAAAUACCUGGAGUUUACUGAAAAUACUGAAUACCUGCAAUUGACCGAAUUGCAGCUUGUUUCUGCUUUGAGCCCUAAUGUGUAAGAUUGACUCUUUUCUCUUAGAUCAGUUAAAUGCAGCUAAAUAACAUUCAUAAAAGAUGUUCUUGUAGAAGGAAAAUGU